ACCAUCACAGAGCUCGACACUAAUAAUCGACCAAUGGAAGGAAAGACGGUUGCAGUGUUGCCUCAGAGUUAUAGCGUAACACAGGGAGUCCUGGUGUCACCAAAACCGCCUAAUUCAGAGAGAGCCAGAACUGUUUUAGACGGCGGCAACAAAAUAACUGCCGCUCUGAACAUGGUGAAGAAAACGGAUUUCCGAACAAGUCUGAUAGCGCAGAGUGUCAUCGAGUUAGUCCCAAGUACCAUCGUCUGUCUCAAAACAAUUUUCGUGAUAAGACUUGCUCCCUUCCAAGGCCAAAACCCAAUCGAGUUCCUGUUGCCGCUUAUUAAUAACACCAGCAGCUGGUCUAUCCCUGAAGUUCCUGAGGUUGCUCAAUCAUCAGCUAUCUACAGUGAAGUGCAUACAACACCGGGCAAACACCCGCAGCAACUCGCCAUUUGUGCACCAGAAUGGGUAAAUACAGCAACACUGGCUGUAAAAGGAGCCGACCGUGCACCUCGGAUACCGCAGAUUAAUCGUUCCAAUGCCACCACGCUCACCAUCAUCACCUCUUGCAACAAGGCGUUUGAAUCUUCGCCUGUGAAAAUUGAAGAGAGACAUGAGAGAGGAAGCGACGAACCAAAAGGUGGACUUUGCCAGCCGACAACUGCUUCUUCCAAGCAUCGGCUCUCCCUCGCGAACAACCGUCAAUCUGUAGACUCCUGCGAUGGGGGAAGGGAAGUUUCAACUCGUAAAGAGGAAAGAAGACGAACUGGAGAGAAAAAACCAAAGACUUUGGUGAGUUGGCUCAAAAAUUACAGAUACUCUGCGAAAUUGAAU